AUGUCCAAACCUUCUAGUGUUCAUAUCGAGGCCUCAGACGGUGGCAUUAAUCAAAGAGAAGAUGCCGGUAUAAAAGAGGCACAAUGGUCUGCCGAGAUCGAUCCAGCUCUCCAGCAGAAAGUCAUUCGCAAAAUCGAUAUGCUCGUGAUUCCAUUUGUUUGCAUCACGUAUUUGAUCACUUAUAUCGAUAAAGCCAUGUUAGGAUAUUCCGCGGUCUUCGGUUUGAAGGAAUCUUUGAAUCUCAAGGGAACAGAGUAUAGCUGGCUUGGAAGCAUGUUCUAUUUUGGCUAUCUUGCUUUUGAAUAUCCAACCGCAUUCGCCAUGCAGAAACUUCCCGUCUCUAAAUGGCUUUCAGGAAAUAUCAUACUCUGGGGUGGAAUAACAAUGGCCUUGGCAGGUUGCAGCCACUUUGAUUCUUUUCUGGGAUUGCGCUUCGUUCUAGGUGUUCUAGAGUCAUGCUCCACGCCAGCCUACCUUCUCAUCACAGCAACAUGGUACACAGUCGAAGAACAGCCAAUUCGAAUUGGUUGGUGGUCAACCUUUUUAGGAAUUGCAAACUCCUUUGGGGGUCUUUUGGCUUUUGCUAUUGGCCACAUAGAUGGCUCACUGGCAUCUUGGCAAUACCAAUUCAUCAUCAUUGGCGCCAUAUCUUCAGUCUGGGGUAUCUUUAUGUUUUUUAACUUGGCCGAGAAUCCAUCAUCUGCUCGCUGGCUAAACAACGAGGAGAAGGAGAUCGCAAUCCGUCGGUUGGGACCUAGACACCACGGAGGCAACGUUGCCGAAAUCAAAAGGUAUCAGCUCGUGGAAGCAGUUACCGACCCAAAGACAUGGAUAUUCUUCCUCUGUGGAGUCUGCACUCAGGUGGUAAAUGGAGCGGCGAGCAACUUUGGAAGCUUAAUUAUCCAAGGAUUUGGCUAUUCGAAUCUUGUGGCCACCUUGUUCCAAAUACCCUACGGAAUGGUAAUUUUGGUUUCUAACGUGUCGGCGAUGUACAUCCAACGAUGGCUUCCUGGACAAAAGAGGUGCAUCGUCGGUGCUCUUUACGUAUGUCCUGCUCUGGCGGGCGCUGUCGGCAUCCAUACUAUAUCGCGAGAUCACAAGACUGCCCUUCUUGUUUGUUACUGGCUGACCAGUACAUAUACUGCGUCUUUUGCGAUGAUUAUGUCUCUAAUCACAGCCAAUACCGGUGGCUCCACUAAACGCUCAGUGGUCAAUGCUGUUUUCUUCAUUGCAUAUUGUGUGGGCAAUAUUAUUGGACCUUUCGCCUUCAAAAGUGAUGAGGCUCCUCAAUACACCUCUGGCAUUGUGGCUAUGCUGGCUGCCUAUGUUGUGGAAAUAUUUCUGCUGUUAAGCUUUGCAGUUUAUAUGAGAAAGCUGAAUAGUGACAAGGAUAAGACUCUCGAAAGAGAAGGUUGGAGUCUUGAUAGAAGUGGUCUACAACAACUUGAAGGCUCAGUGGCCGAUCAAACGGAUAAGGAAGAUGUCCAUUUCAGAUAUUCCUACUAG